AUGUACGUGCACCAGGGCACGCAGACCUGGGGCGCCGAGCGCGGCCCCGACGUGGGCCCCGACGGGGUCCGCCGCGGGCGCUGGGCGGACGGCAUAGACGAGGACAGCCUGCUUGCGGUCGAUUUCGGCGAGGACAGGUCCUGGGUCGAGGAUGCAAGCAGCACCAAGAAGCAGGAGUUUGACGACGGCGGCGGUUUCAUCCCGACCGUGCAGCACGUGAUGGGGGACCAGCAGGACGGCCAGGGCGUGGACGAGGCAGGCACGGCGCACGGGUGCAAGGUUGACACCGCUGAAGCGGCCGGGGAGCUGAACGUCGCGUCCGACGUCGUGCCCGCCGUAACGUCCAAGGAGGUCCAGAUUGUGUCGGGCGUGGUCGAUUCCGGGGGCACUGGUGAGUGCAAUGUCGUGGCGCUGGGCAAGGUAAGGAAGAAGACAGGUAACAUGAAUAGCAAGGGCCAGUCUGUGGCCGUCGGCAGCGGUUCUGAUCAGCUCAUCCUGGAGCUCAAGCAGACCUUCGCUACCUUAGACACGCAUGGUGAUGGAGCGCCCGACUCGGACGUUUUGGCGGGGGCGUUCGUUGCCCUCGGCUUCGAGGCGAAAGUGGUCCACCAGGUGAUACUUGAUGUCGUGAUGCACGGCUCAGGCUCUAUCGGGUGCGUGGCGUUCUUCGAGCUGGUGCAGGGCCUUAUCUACCACGGCUUCAGCGUGUUCCUGCAG